UCCGCAUCCAGGUCCCGCCCAUCACGCUUGACGUUUAUGUUGUCCUGUGAGUUCCACUCAUACAGAACCCAACUUGUCCGUGUGCGACCCGUUUGUUUAUCAAGACCAGAUAAAACCUCCCAAAAAAACACUAUGAACAGUUUAAUUAGAUCCACAGCUAGGUGUAUACGGUCCGGCGCGGCCGUGAGCUUUCUCAGGCCAGCCGACGGACUUGUGCGAGCGGCCUCGGCCCGGUUCUUGUGCGCGGCGGCAGACCUCCAGAAGGACCUUGGUGAGAUGGUGAAGAAGGACAAGGUGGUGGUGUUUAUAAAGGGGACCCCGGCUCAGCCCAUGUGUGGCUUCAGCAACGCCGUGGUCCAGAUCCUCCGGAUGCAUGGGGUGGACCAAUACGCGUCCUACAACGUUCUGGAAGACCAGGAGCUCAGAGAAGGAGUCAAAGUGUUCUCCAACUGGCCCACCAUCCCUCAGGUCUACUUCAACGGCGAGUUCGUGGGAGGCUGCGACAUCCUGCUCCAGAUGCACCAGAACGGCGACCUGGUGGACGAGCUGAAGAAGCUCGGCAUCCGCUCCGCUCUGCUGGACGCCGAGAAGGAAUCCAAGUAGGAAAAGGGACAAAAAAGAGAGAGAGAGAGAGAGAAAGCGUAACAAACAUCAAAGGAAUGAGAAGACGGAAAACACAUUCAUCAGGUCCACAUUUUCCCCGUCCCCUGCUACACUGCCAAUGAUUGGAGAUGCAUCAACUGUCGAGGCAGAUUGAAUACGUUAUGCAGCCGGUUUAGUGCUAAUAAAACCAUUGAAGAUGAAAACAAAAAGUAGUGAACGUCUGAGAAAAAAAAGCUAAUUCUGAGACCGAUCUCGGAAAUCUUCUAGGGGAAAAAAAAACUCAGAAAAUUGCAGUUUUUCUAGAAAAUUUCCGAGAUCAAUCCCUGAUUUUCUGAGAAACCUCAGAAAUUCUGAGAUUAAUCUCACAAGUUGUCUUUAAAAAAAAAAAUCCCUUAAAUUUCAGAAUUUGAAAAGUCAGUGAAAUUUGCCAUUUUUUUUCUAGAAAAUUUCUGAAAUUAAUCUCAAAAUUUACUCUUUUUUUUUUUUCUGUCUACAAUGUCCUUAAUACGCCAUCGUAAACAAACGCUUUAAAGUUUUUUGGGGGGUUUUUUAUGCAUUACAAUCAGAACUUUUUACACCAGUCCAAUAUUACAAAUCAUAUCGGCUUUAAAGUUCCUAUUUGGUUUUUUUUUUACCUAAUUUUGCCAAAUCAAAAUUAGGUUCCUGUUCCUUUGGGUAACGCUUAAAGGAACAGAGUUCUGUAUCAACAUUGCCACGGUUUCCUUCCAUGUUACCUUCAGAAAUCUGGACUGCCUCUUCUCCACACUUGGUUCUCCUUAAAUUCAGACUGAUUUCAGUUCAAAAUGAUGUCGACAUGUUGAAACCUUCCAGAUGCGCUGCCUGUAGCUCCACUACAUAAAGAGGGAACAGGGACUAAUAUGCAUUAUGAUUAAAAAACAAAAUCCAACCUUUUUGCUGUGAUUUACUUACAAAGUCUACCAACUGUGUUUUUCUGCUGAAAUCCGCUGAAACGCACCAAACACACUUUGCCUCUUCUUCUUCUCUGACUUAUUUCCUGGACAAACUGUGGCAGUUUGAAUUUGUUACAUCCGUCUUUAUCCGACCUGUCGUUUUGGGUUGUUUUUUUUCCUCUUUUUGUCGCCGAAGGAAGAGUGUUUUUAUAUUUUGUUUUGGAGCGUCCUCCAACAGUUGUAUUAUGAAAUGAACGUGUAGUACACUGUAAGAUAUUGUACAUUUAAAGCCUAUUGUUAAAUGUAUUUUAGGAACAUGUUAACCCUGCAACAAUUAAAUAUUUUCAGACGCA